AUGAUAACCAACGAAAUCUUUCGACCUCACGCUGAUAAGCUUUGGUUGGAUGUAAUCAACGAUUCUGAAUCUUAUCAAAGUACGCCUCCUUUAACUAUGCAAACUCAAACAUUGGAUGGAUCUUUUAACCAAACACUUCCAUUAUCAGAACAUCCCCAUGGUCAUUUUGGACAGACCAAUGGAUUGAAUAACAGCGAUUCGACUCGUUCACAGUCUCGAUCAACUGAUUCAUCUUCGGAAGGAAGUCAGCAGAGUGCAGCAGCACCCGCUGAACAGCAACCACCUUCUGUAUCAUCCACAACAACAACUCAGAUUCCAAAUCUCAAUGCUGCCCUUCAACAAUCACUCGAAUCAUCAACUUUUCCAAAUUUUAACAAUCAAGGUUAG